AUGACAUCCUAUCUUCAGAAAGAAAGGAUCCCAGACCAGUGGAAGACCUCGCGAACCGUUCUUAUCCAUAAGAAAGGUGACCGAGAGGACCUUCGGAACUACCGUCCGAUAUGCUUGCUGAGCGUGUUAUACAAAGUAUUCACCAAGAUCAUCCUCACACGCAUAUCUAGGACGCUGGAUGAAGCCCAGCCUCAAGAACAAGCUGGAUUCCGCCAAGGGUUCAGCUGCUUGGACCACAUCCAGACCGUGUCGAGGGUCAUAGAGGUUUGCCGGGAAUACCGCCUGCCCCUAGUUCUAACCUUCGUCGACUAUGAGAAAGCCUUUGACAGUGUAGAAACGAAUGCAAUACUGUCAGCGCUGGUCGAUCAAGGUGUGGACGCGUCGUAUGUGAGGACAUUAGCCAAUUGCUACGAACGAUGCACGACUAGGAUACAGCUUUUCCACCGCCCUCUCACCAUACCCAUUGGAAAGGGCAGAAACGAUGCUCAACGAAUUGAACGAAGCAGGGAAGAGAAUAGGACUACGAAUAAACAGAAGAAGACACAGUUCAUGAAGAACGCGCACUGCGAGGACGGAGGAGUACAACUUGAAGGCUCCCAAAUCGUGGAAACUCCGUCAUACGUAUACCUUGGACGUUCUAUGAACAUGGAAAACGACUUGAAGGAAGAACUGAAUAGAAGAAUGAGAGCAGCAUGGGCAGCAUUCGCAGCCGUGGGGAAGCUACGGACCAACUGA